GUGAUUGGUCGUCGCAUGCCCAUGUCUCGCGUUCCGAAUUUGAAAUAAUCGCGACGAACAUCAGUUUGAAGAAUGAUGAUUUGUGUUCGAUGAAAAAAAUAGUGUUUAAAAAGUGUAAAUAUGAAAUUAACUACUACAAUGGAAUCAAUGCUGCUUAUAACAGGACUAUAUUCAAAGAACGGUUCACAAAGCAAAAAUACACUUCAGAUUGUUAAGAAAUUGAAAACAUUAUGAAAAUCAAACAUUAUCCAGGGAAAGCGGUCAUGGAGGAUCCUUGGCUUUCUAUCAACGAUAGAACUAUGGACCUUGUUUACGCCGCUAAUUGGGUCGGGGCAAACAAUCUCCAGAACUACAAAGAGGAUGACGAUCAAUCUAAGUCUAGCUUUAAUUCAAUAUCUAGAAGUAAAUCUUGUCGAGAUGUGGGGCGAACUGUCGAAAAAGAAGAAAAUGACGAUACAUAUACACAGACGCGUCAACGGUAUAAUUACAACAACAAUGUUUCUAAUGAAAAUAUAUCUCAGUUAGCAAAAUAUCAACAGGAUAUCGAGGAAAAGGCAAGGGCCAAUAAUAAUUUCCUUUCGCCAAAUAAAUUAAAACACAGCUACAGUUUUAAAGAUAUGCCAAAUGGUUAUAAACCAUCAACAUUGAGAAGAGUGAAGCGACGAAAUUUCACCGAUUGGGAUAUUGAAUCUUUUGCCUCUAGUGAUCGGCAAGCCCCAGUUCCCCCACAGAGAAAAGAUUCUCUCAAAUAUGCACAUCGUCAAAGAAAAGUUGAUUCUAAAAAAAGCUUUUAUCCUCUCCCUGACCCAGGGCCAGUACCGCCUGAUCCAUCGUCUGAGUCCUAUUACGAAUAUUAUUCAAGAGUCAGUCAACAAAAUAAUGACACUGAUAGCGAUAAAAUUAAACAGAUCCAAAAAGAACCAAGAAAAGAAAGAAAUGUUCUAAAUGGCGAUAUAAAAUCAAAUGGAACAGUUCGUGGAUAUGGCAACGAUACUAUGUAUCAAUUAAUCAAUUCAAUGGCAACCUUAGAUUUGACACCGAUUAAAUCUAGAUCAGGAAAUAAAAACCUCGACAUGGAUAGUGAGCCGGAAGAUUUGGGUUUAUACAUGCAUCCUAUUAACGAAUCGUUAUCUACAUGCGAACCACUUCCUAAGCGCACAACACAACCUGACAAAGAACGGAACGGACGUGCAGACAAUAUUAAACCUAGUUUUCGCUCUAAAUCUUUAAGAGUAAAAAGCGAAGGUAGGGCACCCUUACGAUCUUAUCUCGAUACACAUGAAGAAGAAAGUAAAGUUUAUAAUGGAGUUACCGUCACACAGCCAAAACGAAAUCUUUCUCCGAGCGAACAGCUGACACUUAUGCAGUACGGAAUGUUUCGAGGAAGUCAACAGCCACCGAUCGUGACUGGCAAUGGACACCAUUCUGUUGAUUUAGGAAAGGAAAGUGAUACUAUUAGGACUACAAACGGUGCUAGACAAAUUAAACCGGAUAAAUACGGAAAGUUAUAUAAUACUGUGAGAGUGAAAAGUGAAGAUCGGUAUGAUAGGUAUAACGACAUUUUAUCUUUUAAUUCGCCUAGAGAUCGUAUUAGUGAAGAACGUGUAGCAAGUAAAAAUGGUGCGUAUCCGCGAAGUGCUAAAAGUUCAUCAAGUGGUUCUGACUCUGAUUUCUCGAUUCCUCGACCAAAACUAAUAGUGCCUGUUCAUACUUAUGGAACUCGAAAGAGAAGGACCGGAAAUCUUUGUCAAAGAGAUAGUACAGCAACAGAAACAUCUCUCGACGCGGGUAUAUUACUCGAUGUCACGCGCUUAGAAGACAAAUCAUUUGAUAAAAAUGAAAAUGAGGAUUCAGAGGGCAGAGUGGAAGUGUCUCGCGAGAACAAAUACCUCAGCACGAUGGCACCGGGCAAGGUCUUCGGCGAAUUGGCGAUCUUAUACAAUUGCAAGAGAACCGCCACGAUCAAAGCCGCUACCGACUGCCGGCUUUGGGCUAUCGAGCGGCAAUGUUUCCAGACCAUCAUGAUGAGGACUGGCCUUAUCAGACAGGCUGAAUAUACAGACUUCCUUAAGAGUGUACCGAUAUUCAAGAACCUAUCAGAAGACACGCUGAUCAAGAUCUCCGAUGUACUGGAGGAGACUCACUACCAGAACGGCGACUACAUUAUUAGACAAGGCGCCAGGGGAGAUACAUUCUUCAUUAUAUCAAAGGGACAGGUUAAAGUAACGCAAAAGCAACCGAACAGCAAUGAUGAGAAAUUUAUCAGAACUCUCACGAAAGGCGAUUUCUUCGGCGAGAAGGCGUUGCAAGGAGACGAUCUUCGAACGGCGAACAUUGUCUGUGACUCGCCGGAAGGCACCACGUGUCUCGUUAUCGACAGGGAGACCUUCAAUCAGCUGAUUUCUUCUCUCGACGAGAUCCGAACCAAAUAUAAGGACGAGGGUGAUGAUAGACAGAGACUAAACGAAGAGUUCGCCAACUUGAGGUUGUCCGAUCUUCGCAUCAUCGCCACGUUGGGUAUUGGAGGAUUUGGUCGAGUUGAACUUGUGCAAAUACAAGGCGAUUCCAGUCGAUCCUUUGCCUUGAAGCAAAUGAAGAAAGCCCAGAUCGUUGAAACGAGACAGCAACAACACAUCAUGUCAGAGAAGGAGAUAAUGUCCGAAAUGAACUGCGAAUUUAUCGUGAAGCUGUACAAAACGUUCAAAGAUCGUAAAUACUUGUAUAUGCUGAUGGAGACUUGCCUGGGGGGAGAGUUGUGGACUAUUUUAAGGGAUAGAGGUCAAUUCGACGAUUCCACCACGAGGUUCUACACGGCAUGCGUCGUCGAGGCCUUCCACUAUUUACAUUCUAGAAACAUAAUUUAUAGGGAUCUCAAACCUGAGAACUUACUGCUUGACUCGAAAGGCUACGUGAAGCUAGUGGACUUUGGUUUUUCGAAGAAAUUACAAGCGAGCCGAAAGACUUGGACUUUCUGCGGGACGCCGGAGUACGUCGCGCCAGAGGUUAUCAUGAACAGGGGACACGACAUCAGCGCUGACUAUUGGUCUUUAGGUGUACUAAUGUUCGAGCUACUGACCGGUUCCCCGCCGUUUACGGGAGCCGAUCCUAUGAAGACGUACAACAAGAUCCUGAAGGGCAUAGACGCGGUGGAGUUCCCGCGCUGCAUCACGCGUAACGCGGCCAAUCUUAUUAAGAAACUGUGCCGCGACAACCCUGCGGAGCGGUUGGGCUACCAGCGAGGUGGGAUCACCGAGAUACAGAAACAUAAAUGGUUCGAUGGCUUCAAUUGGGAAGGCUUAGCACAGCGUACACUGGAUCCUCCCAUCACACCCGUCGUCAAAUCAGCCAUCGACACCCAUAACUUCGACCAGUACCCACCUGACGCAGAUGAGCCCCCACCUGAUGACCUAUCAGGAUGGGACUCCACUUUCUAAACACCAUGUGUUGCGAAACGAGGCCUCGCUUGAGUCAAAUGGAUGAUGUCGGAAGUAACCGACAGUAAUCUCCAUAACAAUAUGUAGAUACGAACGUAUAAGUGCCUUAUACAAUGACAUCGAAUGAUCUGGUUGUUACCAACAUUUUAAAUAAUUAAUGGUUUGUGAUUAUAUUGUGAGAAUAUAAUAUGGCUAUACAUUGUCUUUUGUUCAUAAAGAUAUUUCUACUUACAAAAGUUAAUGAUGAUUAAGACAAUUAUCUGCUCUAUUUAAAAGAAAUUUAAGAAUACAAAACAAUAUAUUUUAUAAAGAUUAUAGUACCGCUAUCCGUCACGAGAUGGCGCGCAAACAUAAUUGACGUAAUAACUUUUCAAGUGUCAAAAAUUAUUUAUCGCCUUAGUAGAACCUGUAUUUUAGAUAGUAUUUUUAAGUAAGGUCUUUGUUUUAAUACUAUAUGAAUAUAUCCAUUGUCUCACAGCUGGGUUUAAAGGUUCAGAUAUUUCUUUACCUAAUGUUAUCGAAUAUUGCAUUCAGCUUAGAAUCAAAUAGGAAUUAUCUCAUUUAGUUUUAAUGAAUGCUGUUGAUAAAUGUUUGCCAUUAUUUUAAUUACAGCGCUUGCCAAGGGUAACCGAUAUUUUAUAAUAAUGCCGCAAAUAUUAUAAAACAUAUUUUUUUACAAAAAAAAAAAAACUUUAUUUCUCAAAACAUCUUGUAUAUAACAUUUACAUAUGAAAUUUGAACAUAAAAUAGAUUUAUUGAAGCAAGCAAAACAAACAUUAACCCUUAUCUGCCCGUGAAGUCGGUUUCGUCCCACUGAAAAAAAACUGCUCCAGAACUGAAAAAUGCUAAGUACUAUUACAGUUUUAGUUUAUGUUCUAUAUAAUGUUAAAUUGAUAAAAGAUAGUGCCAAAAGUCGGGCAUAUAUGGGUUAGCAACAGGGUUUCAGGAAUACCAAAAUAUCGUUACCAGAAUCCUAUGUUUUACUUGAAUUUAUAUAAUAUAUUUACUUAAAUUGACAACUGCAUGUAUUAAAUUCAUAGUUACAAAUAUUUAGUGAUAAUUUUUUCUUAGAAAAAUUAUUACCGUUUAUGUAACGCUUGACAUUUUGGAAAGUAGCCGAAUAUUUAAUGGAAUUGUCCGAUAGUCAAUGUUUUUUAUAGUUUAGUUCGUUCGGUGAGAAUGAAGAAAUUAUUUACAAUAAUUAUUUGUUUAAAUAUAUAUUAUUGUUAGUGUAUUGUGUGACAAAGCUAUCAUUAAGGUCGCAAAGUAAUUAAUAAAUUGUUGUACUAAAUAUUAUUAUAAAUUUGGUCGUCUUAGAGCUCAAAAGCGACAUGAUUUUAAAAUUAUUUAAGAUACUUAUAUAUUUUUUAUUUCAAAAUUAGAUUGACUAACCGUAGGAAUCAUUCAAUAGGUACUUACUGAUAACUAAAGUUCAUUCAUUCAAAUUACCACAGAUUAUAAUAACUAUUGCUUGUGUUUUUCAAUUGUCAUGAAUAUUUUUUUAUUAAAUUAUUUUUAAUAACAAUAUAAAUUACUUAAAAUUUAUUUAUCAGCAUUAUAAAUCGUAUCUAUAUUGAUUACUUUAAUUUUGAAUUGUCAGCUGAUGGUAGCUAUCUUCCAUACAUGACGUAUCUUAAAUAAUAAUAUUUAAUAACUUGGCUAAUCCCUCAUAAUAUGAAGUCAAUUAAUAUAAGUCUUCCCAUAAUAAAGAUGCGAAUGGUUUAUUGUAAAUAUUAUUAUAGGAUUAAUUCAUUUGAAUUUUAUAUUAAAUAUAAAAAAUCCUUAUAUGUAGAUUUAGCUAUAGAUAAAAAAAAUCUAGCUGUCAUAAGGACAUUUAUUUUUGUAAUCAUAAACUAAAUAGGAUUAAUGAUUAUUGUAAUUAUUUAAAAUUUUAUGGAUUUUGAAAAAUGUAUAAUACAUUGUUUCGAUUGGA